CCCCGGGGCCGGAGCGGCGCCAGGACAGGGCGGCCUGAGCCCGGGCCGGGACGGGCCUGCCCACAGAGCUUGGCGGGGGCGGGGAGGCACUUCUCUGCCACCAUGGGGGAACCGCAGCAAGUGAGCGCUCUGCCUCCACCUCCGAUGCAAUAUAUAAAGGAAUAUACAGAUGAAAACAUUCGCAAGGGGCUGGCCCCGAAGCCCCCGCCGCCCGUGAAAGACAGCUACAUGAUGUUUGGUAACCAAUUCCAAUGCGACGAUCUUAUUAUCCGCCCCUUGGAAAGCCAAGGGAUCGAACGGUUGCAUCCCAUGCAGUUUGAUCACAAGAAGGAGCUCAGGAAACUCAAUAUGUCCAUCCUGGUCAACUUCUUGGACCUCUUGGAUAUCUUGAUAAGGAGUCCGGGCAGCAUAAAACGAGAGGAGAAGCUGGAAGACUUGAAGCUGCUUUUUGUUCACGUCCAUCAUCUUAUAAAUGAGUAUCGUCCGCACCAGGCCAGAGAGACGCUGCGGGUCAUGAUGGAAGUGCAGAAGCGUCAGCGUCUCGAGACGGCCGAGAGGUUUCAGAAGCAUUUGGAGCGGGUUGUAGAAAUGAUCCAGAAUUGCCUGACCUCCUUGCCUGAUGACUUACCUCAUUCUGAGGGAGGUUUGGGGAUAAAAACUGAACCCAUGGAUACGGAUGACGGCAGCAGUUGCAUCGGGCAGAACGAACAGCAGAGAGCAGGCUCGGUCUGUAAGAAAGAUCAGGUUUUAGACAAAGAUGCGGCGAUGUGUAGUAUUAUUGAUGAAAUGACAUGAAAGGACGCUCUUUGUAGCGGGUGAGAAGUGGGAUUAAUAUUGAAGCUUGUAUAAUGUACUUUUUGCUGCCUCUAUCUGUACCAAUAAAAACAAUCGUGAAACUUAA